CCAUUCUCUUCUCUCCCCAGAAGAUCUGUUCUCUCCCCUCUCUCUCUACACAUUUGGUUCAACAAAACACUUCACAUUCAUAGAUAUAAAUUUGUUUGUAAUUGAUUUUGUGAUGAUGAUGUGCACACAAAAUGAUUUCGAUGCGGACUUUGCUCUACUCGAGUCGAUUAGUCGCCAAUUGCUCAGCAAUGACUCCGAAUCGAAUUCAUGGAACAGCUUGUUCACUUGUUUGGGUGACAAUUGGGGCGAAUUGCCUCUCAAAGAGAACGAUUCCGAGGACAUGCUCGUCUACGGCCUCCUCAACGAGGCGGCGACCGUCGGCUGGCUUCCCUCCCUCACGGCAGCCACCACCACCUCCGCAACCGUGAAAUUGGAGCCCCAAAUCUGUAAUUUUGGAUCGCCGCCGCUGCCGGUGGUGCCGUCGAAGGGGAAGCAUUACAGGGGAGUGAGGCAGAGACCGUGGGGGAAGUUCGCGGCUGAGAUUAGGGAUCCGACGAAGAACGGUGCUAGGGUUUGGCUCGGGACGUUCGAGACGGCGGAGGAUGCCGCUGUGGCAUAUGAUAGGGCGGCAUACCGCAUGCGUGGGUCACGUGCUCUGCUUAAUUUUCCCCUCCGGAUUAAUUCGGGUGAGCCGGAGCCGGUUCGGGUCACGUCAAAAAGGUCGGCGGUGGCAACGGCGGAGAGUCGGUCGCCGAAGAGGAGGAGGAAGGUGGUGGAGACGGCGAUGAUUGAACCUAAGGUGGAAGUAUAGGGAGUGGAUUGGAGGGUGGGGAAGAUUUGCCGAUUCCACGUGGCGAACAUCUGUUGGUUAGUGGUUGCUGAUUGUACAAUCUGUAUUGGACAAUGCGUAUGCGAGACUGGAUUUUGGAUGGAUGGACAAUGGUGAUCAUGAAACUUUCCCACAAAUUUGUACAUGUUUUUGGGUUUAAAAAAAAAGAAAAAGAAAAAAAAAAAUAUGAGAUUAGGGAACUGUUUGUUGUGUGAAUAUAUAAGAUUUAUUAAUGUUUGAUUUUUAUUUUAUUUUCUUCAAUGGGAUCUGUAAAACAUUUGGUUCUCAUGAACAUAAAUCAAUUUCGAAUGUCUCAAA